AUGACGAAAGGAACGUCAUCCUUUGGAAAGCGUCGCAAGAAGACGCACACGCUGUGCCGCCGCUGUGGCUCUAAGGCCUACCACCUUCAGAAGUCGACCUGUGGCAAGUGUGAUUACCAGGCUAAGAGACGAAACACUACCGCUGGGCGGAUGGGGCACCUGAAAAUUGUCUAUCGAAGAUUCAGACAUGGAUUCCGUGAAGGGACAACACCGAAACCCAAGAGGGCAGCUGUUGCAGCAUCCAGUUCAUCUUGAGGAAUUUCAGUCAGUCAUAAAAUAAAUGUUCUGGUUUCAAAAG